GACGGUCUCGCGCCCCGCCGUCCCUGCUCCCCAUCUUUCUCCGUCGCUGAAACGGAAGAUUAACUACCAAACACAACAAUGAGGGGAUUUAACGCGUAGCAGCCGCUGCUCCAUUUUACUUACAUUUAAAAGCGUCGUGUUUGGGUUUAUUCCCCCGUGAAAAUGGCGACGGGGGCAGGCUGGCAGCCUCCGUACAACACCUCGACUAGCAGCACCAAAUAUACCCCCUCUUCAAUCUCCAGCAUGUUUUACGACGGGAGUUUGACGCUGGAUUACACUCAAGACCUGCAUUUGAAGAUGAGCAAGAAGAUAGCACAACUGACCAAGGUCAUUUAUGCUCUCAACACCAAGAACGACGAGCACGAGGAAGAAAUCGAGUCUCUGAAAGAUGCCCACGAGGACGAGGUCCAACACAUAGUGACCGAAACCAGAGACAAGAUCAUGCAGUACAAGAGUAAGAUGGUGGACGAGGCGGACCUGAGGCGGCGGCUGGCCAGUCUGGAAGAAUCUGUCGACCUCCACGAACACAUGAAGAGACAGGCUUUGGCAGAGUUUGAGAUGUACAGACAGAGGAUGGAGGAUUCACAGCUCUGCACUGAGGCCCAGCACACGCAGAGAGUGGUUUCUAUGAGCAGAGAGGUGGAGGAGAUGCGUCGGGAUUUCGAGGAGAAGCUGCGAGCGUUCAGCCAGGCUCAGGCCCAGUUUGAGGCGGACAAACGGCGCGCGAUGGAGGAGCUGAGGUCCACCCACCGGCAGGAGGUGGAGGAACUCCUCAACAACCAGCAGAACCAGAGCGCCACCUCCACCGAAGACCAGGAGAAACUGGCCGAGCUCCACAGACAAGAGGUGGAGGCGUUGAUGGAGAGGGUGGAGGAGAUAACGAAGGAUAAGGUGCGUCUGGUGGAGGAGUUCGAGGCCAAGCUGGGCAAGGCUCAGGAGUAUUACGAGAGGGAGCUGGAGGCCAUGAGGAGAACGCACCAGCUCACAACUGAGAACCUGCUGGCCUGGAAGAGGACCGAGGUUGAGCUUCGUAAGGAGUUCCAGGCUCAGGAAGCAGCGCUGCAGCGCUCGCUGUCCAAGCUGAGGAGUGAGCUUCAGAAAGCACAGGAGGAGGCCAGAGAGAACCGAGACAGGACCAACAGACUGCAGACGUCGCUGGCCAACGCAGAGGGAACGAUCAAGAACCUGCACAAGCAGCUAGAAGAGGCCAUCCAGGACGGAGAGAUCUGGGUGAUGCAGCUGAAGGACACCGAGUACGAACUGGAGGGCAGCAGGGAACGAGUUCAGCAGCAGGCGACUGAAAUCCUCCAUAAAGCCAGUCAGAUCGGCUCCCUGCAGGCCACACAGAUGUCCCACGAGGCGACCAUCAGGAACCUGGACCUUGAGCAGAGCCGGCUGAAGGAGAAGAUCGGCCGGCUGGAGGAGGAGCGGGAGGCUGUGCUGAACCAGAGCCAGAACUCUAACGAACAGCACAAACAACAAGUGCUGAGACUAGAACAGACUCUGCGCGAGGAGCACCAGGGUUACGAGAAGGAGCUCUGCCGGCUGCGAGGACACUAUGAGGAGGAGAUGCAUCGCUUCAAGGACGCGCAGGUCAGAGCGCUGGAGGAGUUGGAGGAGAAACACCAGGCCUUGAGGGAGGAGGCUCAGCAGGAGAAAGAGGAGGAGAAGGAACUCCUCAUGGCGAAAAUGUGUCAGGAGUUUGAGAUUAAGCGUCUGUCGUUAGAGGAGCAGCGAGACCGCCUCCAGCAGCAACUCGACAACCUGAAAGAGGAGCUCUCAGCCAAACUCAACAUGGCCAAUCAGGAGGUGUCCCACCUCCAGGAGCUGGUGAGGGAGGGCGAGCAGAACUUGUGUUCAUCUCAGACACAGAUCAGCUGUCUGAGGGAAACUCAGGAGAAGCUCAGGAUAGAACUGGACGCUACUCGAGGCCGCGUCCGAGAGACCAGCAACCUGCUAACUGACCUCCAGGAGGAGAUCGAGACCCAGAGGCAGCAGCAUGAUGCCAGAGUGAUGUCCAUCAGAACAGAAGAGAAGCAGAAGAUGGACAAGAUGGCAGAUGACUUGGACCAGAAAUGGAGAGAUGCACUGCGGGAGGAGGUGCGAUUGUUGAAGGAGGAGUUGACGGAGGAGUAUGAAGCAGACAAGCAGGCGGCGCAGACUCAGAUCUCCCAACAGAAAGAACUGGAGAUGAUGGCGUCAAGAGAGGGCUGGCAGAGGAAGGUGGAAGACCUGCUGGAACAGAUCUCUCUAUUGAAACAGUCCCUUGAGCUGCAGCUGUCACAGUCCCAGUCUGCCCUCCAGCAGCUGCAGUCUCAGUUUAACCAGGAGAGGGAGCUGCUGGGCCAACAGCUGAAAGAGAUGCAGAGAGAACAUCAGAGGAGAGAGCAUCGAUUACAGGAGGCUCACUGCUGCGCCCUGAGCACCAUGGAGGAGGCCAGACAGCACCAGAUCAGGGCCCUGGAGGAGCGUCUGAAGCAGGAGCAGAGGGAGGAGGUCCACGCUCUGAAGGAGGCCCACAGGAGGACCUUUGACAUCCUGAGACAGCAGUCGGACCAGGAGCUGCAGACGCUGCGGUUUGAGCUGGAGGACGAGGGGAAAGCAAAGCUGGCAUCUCUCCGUGCCGAGCUGAACCACCUCCAUGCUGCAUCCAUAGAGCAUCUAAAGCAGAUCCACUUUAAAGAAAACUCUUCGGCCAAACGAGAUCUGGAGAAAGCCAUGGAGCACAGCCACCAGCAGGAACAAGAGCUCCUACUUCGUAUCUCGGACAUGCAAGCAGAGCUGUGUUCCCGUAGCAACCGCAUCACCGAUCUGGACCACGAGAUCCACUCUCUGAACGAGACCAUCGACACGCUGACCAGAGAGCUGGAGAUAAAGGGCAAAGAGGUGCUGCGGGUCCGCAGUGAAGCUAACCAUCAGAUAAGGGCCCAUGAACAAGACCUUUCAAAAAGACACGAGAGGGAUCUGGGGGAGAUGAGUAUAAUCCAUCACAGAGAAACACAAAUCAUGCUGGCGGACUUCAACAAGGCCCAGGAGGUCCUCAAAGACAAGAUCAAUGCGCUACAAAUACUUUUGGAGGGGACGGAGGACAAGUUAAGACACAGAGAAAGCCGACCAGAAGACCUGCACGUUAUCGCAGAGCUCAGAGAGAUGGUGACCGAAAGAGAAGCUCUGGUGAAGAAGCUGGUGGACGACAAGAAGUUCUACCAGCUGGAGUUGGUCAACAGAGACACCGGCUUCAACAAGGUCUUUAAUUCCAGUGCCAACGUCGGUGUAAUCAACCCUCUUAUCAAGCAUCCUCCUCUUCCUCCUCCUUAUCCUCAUCCUCCACAUCAUCCCAUGUCAAGCCUUGCUCUUCCUCAUGCUCCUCAUCCUCAGGAAGCCCUGGUGCAGCAUCAGGGCCUGCAAAGCUUUAGGAGCCUUCCUGAGGCCAACGCCACAACACCACCCGACCCGACGGGGGUGGAGGCAGGAAAAAGCAAAGAGUGCGUUGUAAAAGAAGAGGAGCUGUACGCCCAGUACUUCACUUUCUGACCGGCAAAAAAAAAAAAAACAGUCAAAACAAUAAGGUAAUGGGACAGAGAGCUAAAGUUGGGCAGCAAUCAAACUGUAGGUUUUGAAAGUCAUUCUGGAGACAUUGCUAUCAAACGCUCCCAUCCAUCAUGUGUGGCACUGAGAUUCCAGUGAUAUUGCAACCUUAGGGCUUUUCAGGAAAGUGUGCAUGGUAGCAGGAGAUAUAAACACAUUUAUACGUCUGCAAUGGUGCAAAACGUGACAUUUGUAUGAGCUUUAAAGCUGCACGAGGCAAAUGAGUGGUGAUAAAUAAAUACAAUCUUAAAAGUUUAAAGGACUACAUUACCCAUAAUUUUUCCUUUUGACUAAUGAUGUGUUUAUACCAAACACAAAACAAUUAUUACCUUACAUACGGCGAGAUAUGCUAAAAAAAUAUAUAUAUAUUUACGCAAAUUUCAGGAUGAUUUUGAUGUAUUACAAUUGGGGUGUUACAGUAUCAGUAUAAAUAGCAUUGUACUCACCUAGGGUGAUUGCUGAAAUAUGGGAACACGGUCAAUAAAUUCUAUUCAUAUUCAUCAACUUGUAUUUGGUCAUGAAACCAAAAGGUCAUAAAAUGACCAGGAGAAAGGGCAGUGAAGAAUAAAACGACACACGCCUACAAACGAAGUGGUGUCGACGAUGUGGCUGAAUCUUCCCACAGCUCAGCUUUUACUUUGGUGAAUAAAACGUUUUGAGAGAAAUGAUGGCCAAAAACUUUCAAAAUAAAACCCAAGAACGGCCUCAUUGUAAAGCUCAUACAAAGAUGUCACAAAGAUGUUGCAGUGUGCAUAAAGUGACACAAGUUACUGUAGAUUUAGGGGAAAUGUUUUCAGCUCCAUUUAAGAUUUAUUUUGUACAUCAACAUGUGUCUUACAAGCUGUAAUCUGACUGGAAGUACUUUGAAAGUUCAGCCAGGACAAAGUGAUUUUUGCCUUGAUACUCGCCUUUAGUCGCUCAUGCUGUGUCCCCAUGUGUAUAUACACACAUUCAAACAUGUAUUGGAGGACAAAGGACGGACCUAGCUGUUGAUUCUGGUUGUUUUUGGCCUCUACAGUACGAUGAGCUACAGUAUACCACAAUGACGACACCAGCAAAAAAAACAAACUAAAGACUUAACUUUCGCUUUCUGUCCCAGUGCUUUGACUCUGUACAUAUAGUAAAUGUUUGAAAGUCCUUUUCAAAUCUCUGAGCUACAUGAGGGGCGCUUGAUUUACCAUUCCAGACACCUCUGGAGGGGAAACAUCAAGAGGAACUGAAUCAAGCGGCCCUCAUAUUUUUAUUAUUGCAAUAUUUAUAACAAGCUACUGUUUUUCUACGGUCUGUUUGUGAUGCCGGUGGACCAGAGACGCGCAGAGAGGGAGUUCUGUCAGCGACAUGUUGAUGUUUUUUAAUGCCGAGGAGUGUUUAGUCAGACACUUUAUUUUCAUUACAAGCUGGGGGUUCAUGUCGGUGACGGGAGUCUCCUGCUGCGCGUCUCUGCCUGUGGGGCAGGCCAUAGAGCAUGUGAAAACAGAAACACAUCAUAAUGCUGCUGUCACUCACUUGAAAUCCUCACAUCUCCGGUUCUUUGGUGUACCGUCUGUUUUUUUAUCUUGACUUGAAAGUUUACAUCGUUCUCGUGCUGCGUCAUCGCCAUGACCAGAAGUCCAUUCAGUAACGUCACCAUCAGCCCGACGGAGGCUGGGUUUCUUACUUCGCGAAAAAGUGUAUCGAGAGACGUGAGGUUUGAGAGUUUACUUCCUCGUUCAACAACACUCACUGCUCGUCUUCCAUAACAGAAUCAACUAAAGGCCUCAAGGGUUCAGGAAGUGGUUUAACUUUCAUUGUUUGCAUUCAAAACAAUCACACCGCAAAGAAUUGACUCUGAUAAAGGCUCAACAAAAUAAACCAUUGGGCUGCAUUAGACUUAUGUUUUCCUGCAUCUUUUUAAGUGGUAUACAUGCUAAACCUAUACGUACUAAAUACCAAAUAUAUAUAUACAUACAGGCCUUAAUUGUUAUUAAAAUUCAAAUUAAAUAGUUGAAUCUGAAUUACAUAAUUAAAAUGUUUUAAAGUAAUUUAUCAAAUGCCUCACAUUAAUGUCACGCAGAUCUAAAUUGUGUUAAAUUUCCUUCCAAGUGGCAUAAAAAGUCUUAAAUCUAACUUAAGCUGUAGGAACCCUGAUUAGUUUUUAAAGGAACAGUGCCACAUUUUGAAUGUUUCUUUGCCCUCUUACACAGCCACAUGAAAAGAUGGAGUUUAUAUAUCAAGCUUCUCAUCUGACUGCAUUCCAGCAUAUUUCUCCAAAUUAUGUCGAGUGUUUUGUCAAAGUAAAAUAAACACUUCCUGAACCCAUGUUGAGACAGUACCUGUCGUUGUACCUGUACCUGUCUGUAUUUGUGUCAUAUGGGAACGUAUUCAUCCAUAGCUGAUACAGCAUUUUAAAGGGUUCAGUUGUAAAUAUUGACCUGUAAUGUCCUGUAAUAAAUACAGACGAAGGUUUCCUCUCUGGGAUCGUACCACAGUUGGUUCAUUCCUCCAUGCACACUGUGAAGACGAUAGUUAAUUAAAUAACUGUUAAUAUAUUGACAUUUACACUUUGACCCCUGCAUCAGACAAUGCAGACGUCUUUCUUCUUAGUUCUUUCUUAUUAACACAUUUCUCUCACAAGCACAUCCAGGGAGACUGCGCUGUCUAACAGUGACACCACAAGGUCCAUUUAGUGGCUGCUCCGGAGCUUUCGAUUCCAUCACAUGUUCUUCAUCAGCAGACGGAGUUCGCUCUGUUGCCGUGGAAUUGCAGAAGUUUGAAUUUCCGCUUUUUCUUUGCACUUUAAGGACUUCUCGUCCAUGUCGGCUUAAAAGUUCAAUCUUUGACCUUAGGGACAACUUCCAUUUGGAGCAGCUUAGAAAGCCACUAAACGGACCUUGUGGGGAUAUUAUGAACGAAUAAACAUGUAAAAACACUGUUAUGAAAAAGCAAAAAUGACGAAUAUUCAUCUGUUUAUUUUGCUGAUUAUAAUUGUUUUUCUUUCCGUCCUGUUGUGCUGUUGUUUAUGUAUUUCCUCAGACCCUAUUGGUUGAUUUAUUUGUCCCACGCCAGACUGGACUGUUGUUUUACGGGAGAAUGGCGCUCAGUUAAAGACGUUUCUUGGCAUUGCCAUCACAUGACCUUUAUCCAUUGUUCCCCCGAGGUACUAACUCAAACCGAACUGUUUCUCAACGCCUGGCAGAGGAAACUUCUGGAAUUAGUUUAACACUGACAUUAGCUGACCAUCAGUGAACCAUAGAAACUGCAACUUAUUAAAUGUCUGUUUUUUUAUGUGACAAUAUACUGAUUUAGGGCUUCGAUCAUCUCACGUUCAACUCGCAGAAAACCUGGAGGAGAAGAUUGUGAUAUCUUUACACUGAAGCUGAAAGAGUAAACGAGUUGAAAGUGAUUUGAUGUCACUCUUCUCAUGUAA